UCCCUUAAUGGCACUUGACUUGUAUAUAAAGAAAAGCUGCUUUACGUAUUUUCCCGCCACACAAACCCGCCAUUUCAAAGUUGAGACGAAAAUGUCUUCCCCAUCUUCCAAAACCCUAAUCGAUGCGUUCGAUCGAGCUUCCAAGCGCUUGAAACCCAACGACAAUGUCACCGAGUCCUCCUCUUCCUCUCUCACCGCGGACCAAAAAUCGCGAAUCGAAUACAACAAGAAACUCGCUAUGUCCAAGAAGAACCUCAAAAUCUGCACCGAAAGGGUUUCCUUACACAAAGCUGCGGGUUGCGUGAAACUAGAUGAGUUGCUUGUUGAGGAGUCUUGGUUGGAAGCUUUACCGGGAGAGUUUCAGAAACCCUACGCUGUUAAUCUUUUCAAGUUUGUGGAAACGGCUAUUUGUAGCGGGGAUGGUUCUGUAUUUCCGCCUCAGCAUUUGGUUUUCAAUGCUCUCAAUACUACCCCUUUUCAUUCUGUCAAGGCUGUGAUUCUCGGCCAGGACCCUUAUCACGGACUUGGUCAAGCAAUGGGGCUUUCAUUUUCGGUCCCCGAGGGAGUCAAAGUUCCAUCCAGUUUGGUAAAUAUAUUUAAGGAGCUCAAGCAAGACCUUGGCUGUUCGAUUCCAUCUCAUGGUAAUCUUGAAAAAUGGGCUGUGCAGGGUGUUCUCUUACUCAAUGCUGUUCUUACAGUCAGGAAGCACCAACCAAAUUCUCAUGCAAAAAAAGGCUGGGAACAAUUUACCGAUGCUGUUAUCAAGACAAUCUCACAGAAGAAGGAAGGGGUCGUAUUUCUGUUGUGGGGAAAGUCUGCUCAGGAGAAACUUAGUUUAAUUGAUGCAACCAAACAUCAUAUUCUACAAGCUGCACAUCCUUCUGGGUUGUCUGCAAAUAGAGGCUUCUUUGGCUGCAGGCACUUCUCUCGAACUAACCAACAUCUGGAGCAAAUGGGGAUUGAUCCCAUAGAUUGGCAACUAUAAUUUAAAUGUAGAGCUCAAGUGAUUUUUUAGCCUAUUUUCCUUGAUGCAUAGAUCGUUCUGUGAAUUCCAAACCUACCAAGAAAGAGGUGCUUUUAUCGAUAGUUUGGCCUUGAAGUGUUGUUACCUUGGAGAUUUUGCAGUACUGACCAAUACAAGUACAUUUUGGCAUAACGAUGUUCUCGGAUCCUAAAUUGAUUGUUUGUAAGUGUAUUAUCCAUGUGCUGUCUUAAUAUCAACAAACAAAACAUUUAUGGUGGUGACUAUCAAAAGGUAUUAUAAAUAUGCUGUCUUCUACGAACAGUACUAUGUUGGAUAUAUUAUUCGAAGGUUAACCAUGUGUCCUCCUUAACACACGGUACUAUAUUGGAUAUAUUCUACUAAGGUUAACCA